GACUGUCUGCCUGUCAUAUUACUAGGCGCCCUGAGUGAAGAACUCUGUUAAGGUCUUCCACCAAAAUGCAACAGCAACAAUCCAGCGCAAAAACCUUAUUUUGUGUUCAUCUUUACUCUACAGCUCUGAAGAAUUGCCAUCGUCUGCCUCUUUUUCCUUGCACUAUUUGAACAGAUUUAUUUAUUUUCUAAAGUCGCCUCCAAGCAAUAUCGUUACGAUAGUACAACGCCCCAUUAUAAUUAGUUGCAUACAAUCUAAACCGCGAAACAUGCCAUUUAAAGUGGCCAAUUUUUGGUACGAACCGCACCAUUUCCUUUUAACAUGCGAAACUAACAACAUCGCCGUUGCGCGGUGUGUUACCGAGUUCCGAUGAAAUCUAGUCCUCCCAGCUUCAGAACGAUCAGCCGCCCCCAUCACUAUCACGGCAUGUGUGUGUGUGUGUGUGUGCGUUCGUUGUUGACACAGCUUGUUUGACAUGUGUUCGGGGAAGAGCGACGCCGUCUCCAUUCUUAGAAUUAGGCUCUGGCAGCAAAGGUGCUUGGCAUUGAAUGUAGUACGAGACGUUGGAGCUCGCGAACGAUCGAUCCCUUGGCCAUAUUUGAAACUAGCUCAUCUCAAGCUAGUCACCCCGAGCGUCGAUAAGGAUGAGAUAUUCGAUAGUAGCGUUGUGCUUGCUGGCACUGUUGCAGCACACCGCGGCAGAGCCGCGUCCCGAGUUUGCGCUUGCCGCUCCCGUCCCUGGAACGAACCGAGUCGGAGUGGCGGCCACGGAAGCCAAAACAAUCAUCUCCGAGGUGAAAACGUACCCCACAUCCUAUGCCAUACGUUCCGAGCUAACGCUGCUGCCCAGCCUGCUAACGAUCGUGACGAAUGUGGCCACAGAGUUUCAAACCCUGGGAACAGCGGUCGUCACCAGCAUCACUAACCUGGCGAGCGAUACCAGUGGCAAUGUGAAUACCAUGUUCGGUGCGGCAGUUGACGCGGUGGCCAACACUAUAACGUUCGCGGACGUAACUCUACCCACGCUGACGAGCCCGCUCCUGCAGCUGACCGGCAACGCGCUGGUGGACAAGUUCAAGGACAGCUUGACGCACAUCAGCAAAGCACUGCAGGCACUGAAGGUGGCGCUGAACGAUCUGAAAGCGGGCGCCACAAACGCUGUUGCCGAGGCGGGCAGUAACGCGAUUACGUCCACCAUCGUGAGCGAAAAUCUGCCACGUUCCAUGGUAACGCAACUGGUUACCGCGCUUCAACUGCUGCGAGCGACCGUACCGGUGCUCAAGUACACCAUCGACAGUACGGUGGACGGUAUCAAGAUCGGCGACCAGUACAUGCUCGAUCUGUCCGCCAAGGUUGACAGUACGAUUGGUGAAAAGUCCAGCAUCGCCGCCGAUCUCGAUGGUAUCAUCGGAUCCAUCAAUAAGGCAAUCACCGACACCAUGACGGCGGUCAGCACCGAUCUCGGCAAUCUGCAGACGGGCUACGCUACCCUGACGAACCUCGCCACUGCUGCCAGCGCGGGCAAGCUGUCGACCGCGUUGGGGCUGUUUGCCGGCAACCUGGCCGAGCUCGCCGCCAAAAGUCCGACCAUUCUAGCGACGCUCAACACGCUGAAGGAUUCGCUGAUCGAUGUGUACGAUGUCGCCUCGCCGCUGUACUUCAUCUACGACAGCUAUCUGGUGAACGAGCUGAUAACCGUACUGAUCGGCAACGGUAACUACGCGCAGUACUGCUUCUACAAGUACAAUGACUUUCUGUUCGCCCUGCUCGAAACGGUCGCGAUCGAGGCCCGCGAGUGCGUCGACAAGGAGGUCGAGCGGUUGGAGUUCUUCCGCAGAACGGUCGAGCUGAUGUUGAACCUGCUGUUUUUCGACUUUGAGGACAUCUCGGGUGAUUUGACCGUGUGCAAUGGCAUUACUGAUGCGACCAACUUGGAAGAGUGUGUGGCCUCGCUGUCCGAUAUCUAUACCAGGCUCGAGGAAUCGUUUGGAGAUAUGUUUGCGUACGGGUACGAUCUCGUUAGCCGUGAGGUGAAAGCCUCAAGCAAUAGAUUGAAGAUUUGCAUGCGUAUGUCGCAGUCCUCGCUCGGGGACACGGAAAUUCCUCUGCUGAUGAAGAACAUUGCUGAGUGUAGCGAGUUGGGACCGGCGGCUGAAAACGAUUAGGCGACGCAGGUUCACGAAAUAAAUCGAUCUUUAUAGUGGUA